CCUAAAUUACGCCUGCGUCUGAGCCAUUUCGUCUUUUGCAAGUAUCUUCGGUGACAGUCAAAUAUUUAUACGCGACCCGCGCGGAAUUUUUAUGCCGCGCUUUCUAUAACGAUGUCGCAUUACUGUUUAUAGGGAGUAUAGAAUAAUGGUGGACAGACGACUCGAAUGGGUUCAGGAAAAGGCGUGCCUGGGCUUGGGCGUCGCUCCCGAACUCUUCGAACAAGCAACUAGCAGUCCGGAAAACAGAGCUAAAGUCACAAGCUUUCUUGAUGGAGCUGCGUCGACGUCUGCACUGCUGUUUGCCCUUGAGCAAGCGACAAUCUAUGUGGACGAGUACCAGGACGUCCUAGUAGAGGAGCAAGAGCCUCAGGCCUUCAACGAAGAUGGCGAGGAGGGCGACGGGGCGGAGAGCCGUGAUGGGGAGGGAGCAGAAGACGGUGCGGACGGUGCCGCUGCCGGCAACGGUUCGGUGGACGGCAGCACCGCGGCCGCCACCGACCGGCCCCCCAGCGACAAGGGCGAGCCAACCCCCGCCUCCGCUGAAGCCACAGAGGCCGCUGCCUCCACAGCAGCCCCGGACCCGACGGCCGUGCCCCCCGGCUCAGCCUCCGAAACCUCCCGGGGGCAGUCCGCCGGCAGCGGCGAAGGCAGCGGCGACGCGGGCGAAGACGCCGGCGAGGGCGCGGAGGGCGAGGACUCCGCCAUGCCUCCCGCCCCACAGCCGCCCGCUCCCAAGUACGUCCGCCGCGUGAUCAGCGUCCCCAAGACCGUCAGCAAGCUCUCAGUCGCCCUGGGCUCCCUCCCGGAGGAGCUCAGCAGCUGCCCCGCCUUCUACCUCAUCCUCAACCGCCCCGGCCGCGUCACAGCGGACGAGCUGGACGCCGCGGUGGAGUUUGGGCUGCUGAGCGAGGGCCCCUCGCUGCGCAUCCUGGAGCAGAUGCUGUCGAGCGUGUUUGUGCCGGUGCUGCUGCAGAUGGCGGGCGGGGACGGCGUGUCGUCGGGCGGCAGCGGCAGCGGCGGCGUGCUGAUGCAGUCGGUGACGCACAGCGCGCACCGGGAGCUGCUGGGCAACAUGCAGAAGUUCCACAGCCAGGUCAUGCAGGCGCUGCAGCAGCUGACGGGGGAUGUGACGCUGCAGCUCCCCGACCUGCCGCUGGAGGACGUGGACCGCGCCGCCGCCGACAGCGACCUGAUCAACACGCUGGAGCAGUACAUGGCGGAGUGGUCGCAGGUGCUGGCCAGCGUGCUGCAGCGCGAGAGCCAGAAACACCCCACCGGCAAGGGACCGCUGGCGGAGAUCGAAUUCUGGCGGGAGCGAAAUGCCGUACUGUCCAGUCUGUACGAGCAGCUCAACCUGCCGCAGGUCAAGCGCAUGAUUAGCACGGUGGAGAAGGGGUCGUACGACCGCAACCUGAUUGCGGGGUUUAAGUCGCAGCUGGGGGAGCUGACGAAGCUGGCGACGGAGGCGCGGGAUAACGUCAAGUUCCUGACCACGCUGGAGCGGCACUUUAAGAACAUCUCCACGGGGCCGCUGGCGGGUAUUCUGGACACGUUGCCUCCCAUGAUGAAUGCGCUGCGUAUGGUGUGGAUCAUCAGCCGGCACUACAGCGAUGACCAGCGCAUGGGCAGCUUGUUCCAGCGGAUUGCGCGGGAGAUUGGCGAUCGGAUUGAGAGCGCGGUGGACCUGCGGCACAUCUUCCGGAUGUCCUCAUCGGACGCGGUGGAGCUGCUCAAGGUGUGCAAGAGCGUGUUGGAGCACUGGCUGUCCACCUACAUGUCCAUGCGUGAGAAGAUCGAGCUGAGCGGGCGGGACGCGCGCUGGGAGUUCCCCAAGCAGCUGCUGUUCGCGCGCACCAACUACAUGGCGGAGAUAUGCGCGGACCUGAUAGAGAUGGUGGAGAUUGUGGACGACUUUUUCCGCUUCCUGGGGCCCGAGCUCAAGGCGGUGACGGGCGACACCGCGGGUAUCGACCGCGUGGUGCACCGAGUGGUGGCCAUGUACGAGCCCAUCGAGAGCAUCGCCUUCAACGUGUUUGACUUUGCCAACAGCCACGAGUGGAAGGCCGCCAAGGCGCAGUUCUACUCGGACAACGAGGACAUCAAGGCCGCCACGCGCGAGCUGAUCGACACCUCCUUCCGCAAGCUGCGGUCCGCGGAGGGCGCGUGCGAGCUGCUGCAGAGCUUCAAGUCCAUCAAGUCCAAGGGAGCCAUUCAGAAGCAGGUGAUGAACAAGUUCAACGACAUCCUGGAGCAGUUUGCUCGCGAGAUCGAGCAGACCGCUGAGAUCUUCGACUCCAACAAGGACGCGCCGCCCGUCACCAAGAACCAGCCCCCCGUGGCGGGCGCCAUCAAGUGGGUGCGCUCGCUGCUGGAGAGGCUCAAGCGGACCAUGGCGAAGCUGCUGUCUACGGAGGAGGAGAUAGUCCGCAGCACGGAGGUGGGUCAGGCGGUGGAGGCCAAGUUCAAGGCGUUUGCUCGGUCGGUGAUGCAGACGGAGAAGAAGUGGUUCAGCGGCUGGAGCGACAGCAUCAACGGAGUGGCCAUGCAGCACCUCAAGCAAACCAUUUUCCGGCGCAACACCACCAGCAACCGCGUGGAGGUGAACUUCCACACCGACCUGGUCCGCCUCAUCCGCGAGACGCGCUACCUAGACCGCAUGGGCUUCCCCAUCCCCGAGAUCGCGCUCAACGUGGCGCUGCAGGAGGACAAGUUCCUGCAGUGGCUGGAGGGACUCAACUCCAUGCUGGCAAAGUACUACGAGUCCAUCGACCAGCUCACCCCCGUGGAGCGCGAGCUGAUGGAGCGCAAGCUGGAGGAGCUGGAGGGCUGCCUGCAGCCGGGGUUCACCAUCCUCAACUGGAACAGCCUGGGCAUCAGCGAGUUCAUCGGGGCGUGCGACAAGGCCAUCGCCACCUUCCAGCAGCUGGUGAAGCAGGUCCAGAAGAACAGCGGCAUCAUAGAGCAGGUGGUGUACGCCAUUGCGGGGGCGAGGCUGGUGAAGGAGCCGGAGGAGGGCUCCGAGGUGAUGGACCUGCAGGAGUUCUACGAGCACAUUGAGCGGCAGCGGCUGGCCGCCCUGGAGGUGCUGGUCAAGAAGUAUCGCACCAUCAGCCCGCUGCUGGGCAAGAUAGAGGAGGUGGUGGCGGGAACCAACAGCGGCAAGUCGCCGGCGCUGGGGGGCUACUACGCGUUCUGGGAGCGGGCCAUCUUCAAUGCGCUGAACACCAUGGUGCUCAGCGCCAUGAGCACGCUGCAGACCAUGAUUGACGAGCGCAGCAAGCACUACGACGGCCCUCGCAAGGCGCCCCUCUUCAAGGUGACGGUGUCGCUGCAGAGUGUGGAUGUGGUGGUGCAGCCGCCCAUGACGGAAGUGAACAAGGCGCUGGGGCGGCUGGUGAGGAGCCUGGUGGAGUCGACCAAGGCGUUUGUGAGGUGGAUGGACGGCACGUGCGUGGAGACGCCGGAGCAGCGGGGGGCCAGUGAGGACGAUGAGCCCAUUGUGUUUACGUUUUACUGGGAUGUGGCGGCGAACCCUCAGGUCAUCAAGACCAUGCUGCAGCUCAACCAGUCCAUCCAAAAAGCCAUCACCAGCGUCAACAAAUACACCGAGAGCUGGCGCCGCCACCAGUCACUCUGGAAAACCGACAAGAAUUCCGUGCUCGACAAGUUCAAGGCGCGAGACCCGUCGGCAGCACAGUUCGAGGAAAAGCUCUCCAAAUACGCCAAAAUGGCGGUCGAAAUCUCCGCCCAGGCCAAGGACUUUGACCAGGACUUUAUCCGCGUGUCCUGCCACGCGUUGGCCUCCUCCGUGUGUGAUGAGUCGCUUGCGUGGGUUCGCGCCAUCGCGCAGUCGAUGCGGGAGUUGGAUGCGGGCACGGAGGCGGCGCUGCGCGACAAGAUCGCCAAGUACCAGGCGGCGCUGCACCGGCCGCCCUCCACGCUGGAGGAGCUGAAGCAGGUGCUCAACACCGUCAACACCAUCAGGGGUGAGAGCAUGCUGAUGGAGUUGCGCUACACCGACUUGGAGGAGCGCUACCGCACCCGCCUGCUCUACGCAACCAGCCCCGAGGAAACCGCAGCAUGCGAGGGCGAGCUCGCCUCCGCCUGCCAGGUCCGCGCGCUGUGGCUUUCCCUGCUGAACGAAGCCGAGGAGGUGGACUGGUCGCUGGAGGACACCAAGAAGAAGUUCUCCGAAACCACGCGGCACCAGGUCGCCGAGUUCUCCGCCUUCACGGCGGAGCUGUGGGAGCGGUUUCGGAGCAGCGGUCCCGGGUUGCCGAGUGUGGAGCUGCCGGUGGGGUUGGAUGAGCUGCACAAGUACGAGGGGGCGCUGCAGGACGCGUUGCGGCAGCGGGAGCAGCUGGUGCUGGCGGAGAAGCUGUUUGACAUGCCUAUUACCGCCUACCCGGAGCUGGCGCAGCUGGAGGCGGAGAUACGCAAGCUGGCGCAGGUGUACGGCGUGUAUGCCGAGCACGCGGAGGCGGUCCGGCAGUACUCCAGCCAGCUGUGGAGCGAGCUGGACGUGGGCAAGAUGAUGGCGGGCACGGAGGCGAUCCUGACGCGGCAGCGCAAGCUGAAGAGCCUGAAGCUGCUGCCGGUGUACGAGCUGGUGGAGAAGGAGAUCCAGGGCUUCUACAACUCGCUGCCGCUCAUGAAGGAGCUCAAGAGCGAGGCGUUGAGGAAGCGUCACUGGACUCGGCUGAUGGAGGUGACGGGCCAGGAGUUCGACAUGGACCCCAAGACCUUCACGCUGGGCAACAUGUUCGCCAUGCAGCUGCACAAGUACGCGGAGGAGAUUGGCAAGAUCACAAAUGCGGCCAUCAAGGAACUCACGAUCGAGUCGGAGAUCAAGAAGCUGGCGGACGUGUGGCGCGAGCAGCGCUUCGAGCUGGGCAAGUACAUGAAGGGCCCGGAGGACCGCGGCUGGGUGCUGCGCUCAACGGAAGACAUCCUGGUGCUGCUCGAAGACAUGGGCCUCAACCUGCAGUCCAUGAUGGCAUCUCCCUUCGUGCGGCCCUUCCUCACGGAGGUCCGAGCCUGGGAGCAGAAGUUGUCGUUGAUUGGGGAGUGCAUCGAGGUGUGGAUGCAUGUGCAGCGCAAGUGGAUGUACCUGGAGAGCAUCUUUGUGGGUUCGGACGACAUUCGGCAUCAGCUGCCCGCGGAGGCGAAGCGCUUUGACAACAUUGACCGGCAGUGGCAGAAGAUCAUGAACGACACGGCGAAGAACACGGUGGUGUUGGACGCGUGUACGGCGGAGGGCCGGCUGGAUCUGCUCAAAUCGCUGUCCGAACAGCUGGAGAUCUGCCAGAAGAGUCUGUCGGAGUAUCUGGACACCAAGCGCUGCGCCUUCCCGCGUUUCUUCUUCAUCUCGGACGACGAGCUGCUAUCCAUCCUGGGUACGUCCGAUCCCACCAGCGUGCAGGAGCACAUGCUGAAGCUGUUUGACAACUGUGCGGCGCUUGUGUUUGGUCGCGGCAACAAGACGAUCACGGGCAUGGUGAGCAGCGAGAAGGAGGGGUUCGAGUUCCGCAAUGUGGUGCCCAUUGAGGGCGCGGUGGAGCUGUGGAUGACCAACGUGGAGGCGGAGAUGCGCAAGACGCUGUACCAGAUCACCAAGGAGGGCAUAUUCUACUACGCCAAGUCGCCCCGCACCAAGUGGAUCAGCGAGAACCUGGGCAUGGUGACGCUGGUGGGCAGCCAGAUCUGGUGGACCUGGGAGACGGAGGACGUGUUCCGCCGCGUGCGCGACGGCAACAAGCACGCCAUGAAGGAGUUCGCGGCCAAGCUGACGGGGCAGCUGUCGGAGCUGACGGGCAUGGUCCGCAGCGACCUGAGCAACGAGGUGCGCAAGAAGGUGAACACGCUCAUCAUCAUCGACGUGCACGCGCGCGACAUCAUCGACACCUACGUCCGCGACUCCAUCGUGGACGCGCGCGAGUUCGCGUGGGAGAGCCAGCUGCGCUUCUACUGGGACCGCCAGCAGGACGACAUCCUCAUCCGCCAGUGCACGGGUCUGUUCAAGUACGGCUACGAGUACAUGGGUCUCAACGGGCGGCUGGUCAUCACCGCGCUCACCGACCGCUGCUACAUGACCCUCACCACCGCCCUCACCUACCGACUGGGAGGGGCACCGGCGGGGCCGGCGGGGACAGGCAAGACGGAGACCACCAAGGACCUGGCCAAGAGCAUGGCGCUGCUGUGUGUGGUGUUCAACUGCGGGGAGGGGCUGGACUACAAGGCCAUGGGCUCCAUCUUCAGCGGCCUGGUGCAGUGCGGCGCGUGGGGCUGCUUCGACGAGUUCAACCGCAUCGAGGCGGAGGUGCUGUCGGUGGUGUCCAGCCAGAUCAAGCAGAUCCAGGAGGCGCUCAAGAACGACCUCACGCGCUUCCAGUUCGAGGGCAAGGAAAUCAACAUCGACCCGCGCACCGGCAUCUUCAUCACCAUGAACCCCGGCUACGCGGGACGCACGGAGCUGCCGGAUAACCUCAAGGCGCUCUUCCGCCCCGUCACCAUGGUGGUUCCCGACCUGGAGCAGAUCUGCGAGAUCAUGCUCUUCUCGGAGGGCUUCGACUCCGCCAAGGUGCUGGCCAAGAAGAUGACGGUGCUGUACAAGCUCUCGCGCGAGCAGCUCUCCAAGCAGCACCACUACGACUUCGGGCUGCGUGCGCUCAAGUCGGUGCUGGUGAUGGCGGGCAGUCUGAAGCGCGGCGCGCCCGACAUGUCGGAGCAGCUGGUGCUGAUGCGGGCACUGCGUGACAUGAACCUGCCCAAGUUCAUUUUCGACGAUGUGCCGCUGUUCCUGGGGCUCAUCAACGACCUGUUCCCGGGCAUGGACUGCCCCCGCGUGCGCUACCCGCAGUUCAACGAUGUGGUGGAGGCGGACCUGGCGGACCAGGGGUACAAGGUGCUCACGGAGCCCAGCGAGCAGGUUGACAAGAUCGUGCAGCUGUACGAGGUGAUGAUGACCCGCCACACAACCAUGGUGGUGGGUCAGACGGGCGGCGGCAAGACCGUCAUCCUCAACACGCUUUCGCGCGCACAGACCAAGCUGGGCAAGCGGACGCACCUGUACACCAUCAACCCCAAGGCCAUCAGCGUGUCGGAGCUGUACGGCGUGCUGGAUAAGGACACGCGCGACUGGACGGACGGGCUGCUUUCCAACAUAUUCAGGGAGAUGAACAAGCCGCUGCCGCCCGAGCGCGACGAGGCUCGCUACCUCGUGUUUGACGGCGACGUUGACGCGGUGUGGGUGGAGAACAUGAACAGCGUGAUGGACGACAACAAGCUGCUCACGCUGCCCAACGGCGAGCGCAUCCGAUUGCAGAACCACUGCAAGUUGCUGUUCGAGGUGUUUGACCUGCAAUUCGCUUCGCCGGCCACCAUCAGCAGAUGCGGCAUGGUCUACGUGGACAGCCGCAACCUGGGCUACAAGCCCUACAUCUACACCUGGCUCAACUCCCGACCCAAACAAGGCGAGGUGGACAUCCUUCGCGGCCUGUUCGAGAAGUACGCCGUACCCGCCGUUGACUGGGUGUUGGAGGGCAUUGACGGCGAGGAGCUGGUGCGGCGGCCCAAGCAGGCGGUUCCCGUCACCUCACUCAACAUGGUGGCUCAGCUGUGCAACCUGCUCAACAUCACCAUCACCGACCACCCGCGCAUGGCGGACCCGCAGAUACUGGAGGCGAUCUUCCUGUUCUGCACCAUUUGGUCACUGGGCGCCGCGCUGGUGCAGCGGCCCGAGUGUCCCGACCGCGACCGCUUCGACGCCUUUGUGAAGCACAUCGCCAGCAUGGGGCUGGUGGACGGCGAGCGGGUGGCGGCCACGCAGCUGCCCGCGCGCUCGCUGUACGAGUACUGCUUCGACACCAACGAGGGCGUGUGGAAGAGCUGGCGCUCCUACCUACAGCCCUACGAGCCGCCCGCGGACGGCGCGUUCAGCAAGAUCCUGGUGCCCACCGUGGAUGUGGUCAGGUCCACCUGGCUUCUCAACACGGUGGUGUCCUCCGGCAAGCCCUGCCUGUUCGUGGGUGAGAGCGGCACCGCCAAGUCCGUCACCAUCGCCAACUACCUGGCGCACCUGGACGGCACCGUCAACAUCGUGCUCAACGUCAACUUCUCCUCGCGCACCUCCUCGCUGGACGUGCAGCGGGCCAUCGAGGACUCCACGGAGAAGAGGACAAAGGACACCUACGGCCCCCCCAUGGGCAAGCGGCUGCUCAUGUUCAUCGACGACCUCAACAUGCCCCGCGUGGACACCUACGGCACCCAGCAGCCCAUUGCGCUGCUCAAGCUCUUCAUCGAGCGGCGCGGGCUGUACGACCGGGGCAAGGAGCUGAGCUGGAAGAACAUGAAGGACGUGCAGGUGGUGGCGGCCAUGGGGCCGCCGGGAGGGGCGCGAAACCCGGUGGACCCGCGCUUCAUCUCGCUGUUUAGCGUGUUUGAGAUCCAGUUCCCAAGCAAUGAGAACCUGCGGACAAUCUACCAGGCCAUCCUGAGCCGCCACCUGGCCAAGCUGCCCUCCGACGAGAUCCGCGACCAGCUGGGCGAGCGGCUCACGGACGUCACCCUGGAGCUCUACAACUUCAUCAUCGACAAGCUGCCGCCCACCCCCUCGCGCUUCCACUACAUCUUCAACCUCCGCGACCUAUCGCGCAUUUACGAGGGGCUGCUGCUGUCCGUGGGCGACUGCUUCAAGACGCCCGAGCAGUUCCUGCGGCUGUGGCGCAACGAGUCUCUCCGCGUGCUGCACGACCGGCUGAUCAGCGCGGAGGACAAGCGGCUGGUGACGGAGCGCAUGGAGGCGCUGGUGCAGCAGAAGUUUCCCAACUUGGCGGCACACACGCUGGCGUCACCCGUGCUGUUCGGGGACUUCAAGCACGCCGUGAACGAGCUGCUGGGCGAGGGCGAGGUGGCUCCCCGCAUGUACGACGACAUGGGUGACUACGCGUCCAUCAAGCCGCUGUUCGAGGAGAUCAUGGCCAUCUACAACCGCAAGCGCAAGCCGCUCAACCUGGUCUUCUUCGAGGACGCGCUGGAGCACCUCACGCGCAUCCACCGCACGCUGAGGCUGCCGCAGGGCAACUGCCUGCUGGUGGGCGUGGGCGGCAGCGGCAAGCAGAGCCUCUCCCGCCUCGCCUCCUUCACCGCGGGCUGCGAUGUCUUCGAGAUCACCCUCACCCGCGGCUACGAUGAAGCUGCUUUCCGGGAGGACCUGAAGCGCCUGUACGGCAUGUUGGGCGCCGACAACAAGCGUGUGAUGUUCCUCUUCACGGACGCCCACGUGGCGGACGAGGGCUUCCUGGAGCUGAUCAAUAACAUGCUUACCAGCGGAAUGGUUCCCGCGUUGUACGAUGGCGCAGAGAAGGAAGGCCUGAUCAACGGCGUUCGCGGCGAGGUGGAGAAACGCGGGCUGUUCGCCACCAAGGAAUCCUGCUGGUCGUACUACGUGGACAAAUGCCGUACGAACCUGCAUGUCGUACUGGCGAUGAGUCCUGUGGGCGAGAGCCUGCGCUCGCGCUGCCGUAACUUCCCCGGCAUGGUGAACAACACGGUGAUUGACUGGUUCGAGCCCUGGCCGGAGCAGGCUCUUACUAGUGUGGCCUCGGUGUUCCUGGCGGAGGAGCAGCUGCCGGAGGCGCUGCGGCCGCAGAUCGUGGAGCACAUGGUGACGGUGCACCAGAGCGUGCGGACCUUCUCCUCGCGAUUCCUGGAGGAGUUGCGCCGCUACAACUACGUGACCCCCAAGAACUACCUGGACUUCAUCAACAACUACAAGCGCGCGCUGGCAUCCAACCGGCGCACCAUCCAGGACACCGUCAGCCGCCUGUCGGGGGGCCUGGAGAAGCUCAUCCAGGCGGCCGUGGAGGUGGAUGCCAUGCAGAAGGAGCUCAGCCAGGCCAAGGUAGUGGUGGAGCAGGCGACCAAGGAGUGUAACGAGUUGCUGGAGGUGAUCAGCACCAACACGGUGGAGGUGGAGGCCAAGGCCAAGGCGGCGGGCGAGAAGGAGGUGCAGCUGAAGAUUGAUGCGGAGCAGAUUUCGGUGGAGAAGGCGGAGGCGGAGGCGGCGUUGGAGGAGGCGAUUCCCGCGCUGGAGGAGGCGGCGGCGGCGUUGCAGGACUUGUCGAAGGACCACAUUACCGAGAUUCGGUCGUUCUCCAAGCCGCAUGACAUGGUGCAGAAGGUGUGCGAGUGCGUUGUGAUCCUGCGCAACCUGAAGGAGGUGUCGUGGCAGGGCGCCAAGGCCAUGAUGGCGGACGGCAACUUCCUGCGCUCGCUGCUGGAGUUCGACAAGGACUCGCUGACCGACAAGCAGGUCAAGCGCGUGAAGGAGUACCUGAAGGACAAGAACUUCAACUACGACAGCCUCAAGAACAUCAGUAUCGCGGGUGCGGGUCUGCUCAAGUGGGUUCUCGCCAUGGUCAACUACAACAACGUGGCGCGAACCGUGGAGCCCAAGCGCAAGAAGGUGUCGGAGAGCGAGAAGAACCUGCGCAUCGCGCAGAAGGACCUCACCAACACCAAGGCGGAGCUGCAGUCGCUCAACUCGCAGCUGGGGCAGCUGAGGCAGCAGUUCGAGGAGAAGACGGCGGAGCAGCAGGAUCUCAAGGCCAAGGCCGACCUCAUGGAGCGCCGCCUGCUGGCCGCCUCCAAGCUCAUCGCCGGCCUGGGCUCCGAGCGGGAGCGCUGGACCCGCGACAUCGCAGACCUGGAGGCCCGCCGCGACCGCCUCAUCGGGGACUGCCUGCUGACGUCAUCCUUCCUGUCGUACACCGGCGCCUUCACGGCAACCUACCGCCAUGCCAUGGUGUACGACAUGUGGCAGGGUGACGUGUUGGAGCGGGGGGUGCCGCUGACGCAGCCCUUCCGGUUGGAGUCGCUGUUGACGAGUGACGUGGAGACGACUGCCUGGGCGAGUGAGGGGCUGCCGAGUGACGAGCUGAGCAUCCAGAACGGCAUCCUGACGGUGCGGGCCAACCGCUGGCCGCUGUGCAUCGACCCUCAGAUGCAAGCCGUCAACUGGAUCAAGAGCCGCGAGGGCAAGAUGCUGGAGGGCAAGGUGAAGACCUUCAACGACAGCGACUUCCUGAAGCAGCUGGAGCUGGCCAUCCAGUACGGCUUCCCCUUCCUGUUUGAGAACCUGGAUGAGUACAUCGACCCCGUGAUCGACCCAGUGCUGGAGAAGAACCUGGUGCCGGGCAGCAGCGGCAAGGCGGUGAUCAAGCUGGGCGAUAAGGAGGUGGAGUGGGACAGCAACUUCCGGCUCUACAUGACCUCCAAGCUCUCCAACCCGCACUACGGACCCGAGAUCAGCGGCAAGACCAUGAUCAUCAACUACGGCGUCACGCAGAUGGGCCUCACGGAGCAGCUGCUCAACGUCACGUUGCGGCACGAGCGGCCGGACCUGGAGGAGGCGCGCGAGGCGCUGAUCAAGCAGAUGAGCGAGAACAAGGCCACGCUGCAGGCGCUGGAGGAUACGUUGCUGCGGGAGCUGUCCAAUGCGCAGGGUAACAUCCUGGACAACAGCGAGCUCAUCGCCACGCUGGAGAGCGCCAAACUCAAAGCCGUGGAAAUCGCCGAAAAGCUGGAAGCCUCCAAAGUCACUGCAGCGGAGAUCGAAGAAACGCGCGUGCGCUACAGCCCGGCCGCCAAGCGCGGUGCCAUCCUCUUCUUCGUUAUCGCCGGCCUGUCCGCCAUUACCAACAUGUACGAAUACAGCCUGGCGUCCUUCCUCGUCGUAUUUAACGGCUCGCUACACAACUCCCGCCGCGACGCCUCCAUCGAGGGCCGCCUGCGCAACAUCAUCGACACCCUCACCUACGAUGUGUACGCCUACACCUGCCUGGGUCUGUUCGAGCGGCACAAGCUCAUGUUCUCCUUCCAGAUGACCGCCAAGGUGCUGGAGGGCGAGACGCCGCUGGACCCGCUGCUGCUGGAUUUCUUCCUCAAGGGCAAUUUGUCGCUGGAGAAGGCGGCGCGGCGGAAGCCCUUUGACUGGUUCCCCGACUCGGGCUGGCAGGACCUGAUGCGGUUGGUGGAGCUGGGGCAGAAGAAGACGGGCUCGGAUGGGCGCAUGCAUGCGCUGGCAAGCCUCGCCAACGAUGUGGAGUCCGACGAGGCCGCCUGGCGCUCCUACUACGACCUGGAGGCCCCCGAGGAGGCGGAGCUGCCGCUGGGGUACCACUCCUUCCUCACCGACUUUGAGAAGCUGUGUCUGCUGCGCUGCCUGCGCAUGGACCGAGUGACGGUGGGCAUCACGCGCUUCGUGAUCAGCGUGAUGGGUGAGAAGUACGUGCAGCCGCCGGUGCUGGAGUACCGAUCCAUCUUCAAACAGAGCUCCGAAACCACGCCCAUCGUGUUUGUGCUGUCGCCGGGUGCGGACCCCGCCUUUGAUGUGUUCAAGCUGGGAGAGGAGAUGGGCUUCAGGCCCGGCGCCAAGCUCAAGUACAUGGCGCUGGGUCAGGGCAUGGGCCCCAAGGCGCAGGAGCUGAUCGAGACGGGCGCCACCCGCGGGCUGUGGAUCAUGCUGCAGAACUGCCACCUGCUGCCCACCUGGCUCAAGACGCUGGAGAAGAUCCUGGAGAAGAUCACCAAGCCGCACCACGACUUCAGGCUGUGGCUCACCACGGAACCCACCGACCGCUUCCCGCUGGGGGUGCUGCAGCGCUCACUCAAGGUUGUGACCGAGCCCCCCAACGGGCUCAAGCUCAACAUGCGUCAGAGCUACUCCAAGAUCACGGAGGACGUGCUGUCCGACUGCCCGCACGCCGCCUUCCGACCGCUCGUCUACGUGCUCGCCUUCUUCCACGCAGUGGUGCAGGAGCGGCGAAAGUACGGCAAGCUGGGGUGGAACGUGCCGUACGACUUUAACGA